UCUCCUCCGGUCCAGGGAUCCUUUUUGUUCAUUAACGUAUGUCAACCACCUAGAACUGUGCCUGGCACACAGAGGCUCUCAGUAAAUAUUUACAGAAUGAUUGGAUUUAUCUCAAGUGUUUCUUCGUCUUUGUCUUUAUCCCCGCGAGAAAAUGAAAAAAGGCGUGCGCUUAGUGACCGAGGUGGGGUGAGGGCUCGAUCUGCAGUAUCGUAGCCGAUACCCUGGACAGAUCCCGCCCCCCUGCCAAUCGGAGGCUCUGGAGCUACUAGACACUGGCGUCCCGAAAUCCCACCCUCUGGGCGGGCUCUGGGCUGAGCGCGCCGUGCGUGAUUGGCCGACGGAGGUGAUGGGCAUGAGAGACAGCGAAAGAGGAGCCGCGUUCUAAGCUACCGGCCGCGGCGGUUACGCAACCGGGGGAACCGUUGGCCUGGUGGUCUCCGGGUUAGUCCACCGGAGAGGAGGACGAGGAGGGUCUGAGCAUGAGUAUGGCAGAAGGGGACACCCUGAUAUCAGUGGAUUAUGAAGUUUUUGGGAAAGUGCAAGGUGUGUUUUUCCGCAAGUACACUCAGGCUGAGGGUAAAAAGCUUGGAUUAGUAGGCUGGGUCCAGAACACUGACCAGGGCACAGUGCAAGGACAAUUGCAAGGUCCCACCUCCAAAGUCCGUCAUAUGCAGGAAUGGCUUCAGACAAGAGGAAGUCCCAAAUCACACAUUGACAGAGCAAGCUUCAACAAUGAGAAAGUCAUCUUAAAGUUGGAUUACUCAGAUUUCCAAAUUGUUAAAUAACGGUCUGAAUUUAAAUUUUCCAAGAUACUCAGUGGUUUUGUUUUUUUAUUUUUAAUAGAGAUAGAAUUAUUGUGUUCAAUAUUAGAAUUUGUCAGUAAGUUAUUUUAGUAUCAGACACUUGAUAGUUACUGUAUAU